AUGGCUCCUAAAACCUCUGGCGUUGUCUCAAAGGAAAAUGCCGAAGAAAAGGUCACACGAAAAGAAAAAUACAAAUUGAUGAAGCCGAUUAUAGAAAAAAAGCGCCGAGAUCGCAUAAACAGCAGCAUUGGCCAACUCAAGGCUUUACUGAGGGAAGAGUUUCAGAAUCAGGAGCCGAACAUGAAAAUGGAGAAAGCUGACAUCUUGGAGAUGACUGUCAAUUACCUGAGACUUCAUAUGACCUACAGUAAGAGUCUCACUCAGAAUUUUAAACAGGGAUAUUCACGCUGUCUGCAGGAGAUUCAGCAUUUUACCUUCUCCCCGGAAAGCAAGACCGACGUUCAGAAUAAACUCGUGAACCACUUGCACAGAGCUCAGGAGCCCGCUAAGGGCCUGAGUCACUCUGCUCCUCCUAUGCAUCUUCCUAGCUGUCAACCGGGCACCAAGCAAGAGAUUAAAGCCAGCAUCACAGCGCUCUGGAGGCCCUGGUAGAUCGAGCUGAAACACUUGUGGACGUUUGCUAGAAGCAAGGAAGAGAAAGUUUCACUGCAUUAAACGCUAGGGCUGUUCUCUGGUGUGAAAUAGUAUUCCAUAGUGGAAGAAAUGUCAUUAAUAGCUGAGAUUUUUUUUUAAUGUAUGAAUUAUUUAAUUUUAAAAUAUGACCUCCGGGGCAUGGCGCAUUCUGCAAUAUUUGUAGGUGACUGAUAU